AUGGCUGACCUUAGGUUUUCUUUAGGUGAUGCUCGGAGGCCUCUUCAUGAAACGGCAGUUUUGGUAGAAGAUGUGGUGCACACUCAGUUAGUUAAUCUGUUACAGCAAGCUGCUGAAGUUUCUCAGCUUCGGGGAGCAAGAGUAAUUUCUGCUGAAGAUCUUCUGUUUUUGAUGCGCAAGGAUAAGAAGAAACUUAGAAGACUGCUAAAAUACAUGUUUUUCCGAGACUACAAAUCAAAGAUUGUCAAAGGCAUUGACGAGGAUGAUCUUCUGGAAGACAAAUUGAGUGGCAGCAAUAAUGCAAACAAAAGACAAAAAAUCGCUCAAGACUUUCUCAACUCUAUUGACCAAACAGGAGAACUCUUGGCAAUGUUUGAAGAUGAUGAAAUUGAUGAAGUUAAACAAGAAAGAAUGGAGAGAGCAGAAAGACAAACUCGAGUUAUGGAUUCAGCUCAAUAUGCAGAAUUCUGUGAAAGUCGACACUUAAGUUUCUCCAAAAAAGGGUCCAAAUUUCGAGACUGGUUGGACUGCGGUAGUAUGGAGAUAAAGCCCAAUGUUGUUGCUAUGGAAAUUUUAGCAUAUUUAGCAUAUGAAACGGUGGCACAGUUAGUGGAUCUGGCUCUUCUUGUGAGGCAGGACCUGGUAACCAAGGCAGGAGACCCCUUCAGCCAUGCCAUUUCUGCCACCUUCAUUCAAUACCACAACUCUGCCGAAGGGUCUUGCAUGAAGCCCUAUCCAGACUCUCCUGAGAACACACCUCCUCCCACACCAACAGCUCCAUCCGCCGGCUCACAGCACUCGGGGAAGGCCACAUCGGGACCCCUAGGGAAUGGGAGUGCUGGACAAGACUCAGCUAAGACCAAACAAAGGAAAAGAAAAAAGAGCACUGCGGCCUGUGGUGUUGAGGCUCACAGCGAUGCCAUCCAGCCCAGCCACAUCAGAGAGGCCGUCCGACGCUAUGGCCACAAGAUUGGCCCCCUUUCCCCAUUCACAAGUGCCUACCGCAGGAAUGGGAUGGCUUUUCUGGCCUGCUGA